AUGUCUGCUUGGGAAGGUUAUUUAAGAGACAUUUAUUACAAUCCUACCAAUGCUGGGAGUUUCUCUGGACCAGACAAACUGUAUAGAUAUGUACGGAAAGCCGGGAAAUACGUCAUCAGCAAAUACAAGAUAAGAAAAUGGCUACAACGACAAGAGCCUUACAGCCUUCAGAGAUCCCUCCGACGUCCAUUCAAACGAAACAGAAUCUUGGUGACAGGAAUCGACGACCAAUGGUCUGCCGAUCUCAUAGACAUGGUCAAGUUUCAGAACGAAAACAACGGUUAUUCUUACGUACUCGUGGUGAUAGACGUGUUCUCAAAAUUUCUAUGGAUGAAACCUCUAAAAAACAAAACAGGUGCAUCCGUAACAAAGGCUCUUCGUGAGAUUCAUAGCGAGGGGAGACAACCUAGCAGGAUCCGUACCGAUAAGGGGCAAGAAUUCAGAUCCAAGGAAGUAAACUCUCUCCUAAAUCAAUACCACAUUCAGCAUCUUUAUGCCCAAAACGAAACCAAGGCUGCCGUGUCCGAGCGCGUUAUCAAGACCAUCAAGUCAAGAAUGUAUAGAUAUUUCACACACAUAAGGAAUUACGAAUACGUGACAAAACUCCAGACGUUCGCCGACAGCUACAACAAGACGUUUCAUAGGACCAUUGGGACAGCUCCAACUAAGGUUAACAAAAAUAACGAAACAUCUGUCUGGUGGAGGAUGUACUGGCCGAAGAAAGAGCCGAUCUUACGAAAGACUAAAAAAGUUCGUAAACCGUUCAAGUUUAAAGUAGGGGAUAAAGUGCGUUUGUCACAUCUCAGGAAUCCAUUCACACGGGAAUACGAUGAAAAAUGGACGGGGGAGAUAUUUACCAUUUCUCAAAAGAUCCUACGUGGAGGCUUACCUGUGUACAGAGUCACGGAUUACGAUGGCGAUGAAAUUAAAGGUACUUUCUAUCAGUCCGAGCUACAGAAAGUUGACGUAAGGGAGGAUGACAUGUGGAAGGUAGAGACCAUAUUGAAAACCAGAGGAAAAGGCCGUAGCAAACAACACUACGGGAAAUGGCUAAAUUGGCCUAAGAAAUUUAAUUCCUGGAUACGCGCAUCAGAUCAGCGUAACCGAUUUGUAAGAGAGUGA